UUGGAAAUCAAAAUCUCGAACAUUUAACAAUAUACAAAGAGUAUACAAGACAUCACCAUCUAUCUAUACCGAUACUGCCAACCCUUCAUCUAAUCAUAUCCAACAAGUCGCCAUGCACGCCGUACAGCUCUUGUCACUGGCCGUCGCCGCCACGGUGACUCUGGCCCAGACCAACACAAACGGUAGCUCCACUUCGCUGACCGCUGCGUUGGCAUCCCAGCCGGAUCUUUCCAACAUGAUAGCCCUCCUCAGCACACAGCCGACCUUCAUGGCCCAGCUAUCGCUCGCCCAGAACGUUACCUUCUUGGCGCCCAGCAACAAUGCUCUCGACGACUUCCUGAAUGGACCCAACGCCACGCCGCUUAACAGGACCACCCCGCUCGGCGUUGCCGUCCUCCUCAGCUACCAUGUCCUCAACGGCACCUACUACGACUCGGAGAUCAACGACGACAGCAGGGUUGUCAACACUGCCCUGAACCUAGCUCCGUACUCCAACAUCACCGGUGGCCAGCGUAUCGCCUUCAGGCGCCAGGAUGGCAACGCCACUUUCUUCUCGGGUCUAUUGGAGAUGUCGAGUGUGACCACGCCUAACAUUAACUACACCGGCGGUGUCAUCCACGUUAUCAAUCGUGUCCUAACACUUCCCAUCAACGACACCCGCACCCUUUCUGACCUGAACUUGACCGCCGCCGCUGGCGCCUUCCGCCGCGCCGACUUGACCACCCGCAUUGACCGCCUCCGCGAUGUUACCAUGUUUAUCCCAAACAACGAUGCCUUCAACCGCGUCGGUAGCUCUUUUGAGGACUCCAAGAUGUCCGCCGCCGAGCUGUCUCAGGUUUUGCAGUACCAUGUCGUCCAGGGCUCACGCCCCUUUUACACCAACUCCCUGGCAAACUCGAGCUUGACCACUCUCAACGGCGCCAAGCUUACUUUCACCAACUCGAGCAACGGCCUGUUUGUUAACUCGGCCAAGAUCGUUUCGUCCAACGUUCUGACCAACAACGGCGUUAUUCACAUCAUUGAUAAUGUCCUCAACCCCAACAACGCUGAUGCCCGCCCCGACCCCUCAGCCACCAGCGGCACGCCCAUGUUCAGCGGCGCCUCACCUGCCACCGGUGUCCCUUAUACCUCGGGCGUCUCUCCGGCUCCUGGCGCAUUGCCAACGGGUGGAAACGGAGGUAAUGGAGGUAAUGGAGGUAAUGGAGGUAACGGCAGUAACGGUGGCAACAGUGGCAACGGUCAGGGUUCGAGCCCUGCCAUCGGUGCUGCCGCCCCCAUGCAGACUGGCGUUAUUGGCGCCGCUGCUCUGUUUGGUGGUGUUGCCAUACUUGCCAACUUGUAA